AAACAUGAUCUUCUGGUGCUACUAAAGCGUGUUGACGAAAACUGGUAUUACGCCUGCACGUUGGACCAGACGCGCAUUGGUUUUAUCCCGGCAAACUUUCUUGAUGUGCGAAUCGAUCUCAGUGAGCAGAAGGAGGUCGCACCAUCAGUCACUGCUCCCCGUGUCAUCCAGCCUUCGAUGGAAGAAAGCCCCUACAAAAAAAUUACUGAUAUCUCACCCAUCCCGGAUGGUGCCCUCCUAUUGGUAAACCAGGAGUUUAUCGGCGAGAAUUCGGGAGACUUGAGUGCCUCGGUCCAAGAUGUCCUUCUGUGGCUUGAGCCUGGAGCAAAACGAGGUGACGCCCCACCCGAAGAAUGGAUUAAAUGCUCUAAGCUCAACGGAAUUAGCGGUGACUUCCCGGGCAACGUUGUGCAACCUCUGUCCGAUGAAGGCACAAUUCUGAUGUAUCUGAGGGGUAUACCGCAGGCCGAGGCCACUAGAGACUACGAAGGAGUUCCCGGACAAUGCAUUCCUCUAAAGAAAGGUGAAGUACUCUAUUUGUCGAAAGAAGAUGCCUCUUUCUGCUAUGGUCGGUCGGCGUCGGGAAAGGAGGGCAAGGUUCCCAAGGAUGUCUGCAGAGUUACUGUCCCAUUGCAGUGA